AUGACCAACCUAUCUUCAAAACCUAUUUAUUAUAUACCAUGUUAUAUUACUUUUCCUCAGGUUACUUUGGUUCAAAUGGUUCUAAUUUCUUCUUCUGAAGGUGAUUAUGUUCUCACUCCUGAAGAUCUUCCAAGUCCAUCUCCUUUGUUAAUUUAUACUGCUACUAUGGUACCCGAUUUAUAUAUUCCUGAUAAUCAAGAUGAAGAUGAUACCCUUAUAAGUAAUAAUGAUUCUAUUGAGCCUUCUCAUGUUCAACCUCAGAAUACAAAACCUAAUACUAAAG